UUUGAAACCUUCCCUCACAUCAUUUCAUUCACCCUUCAGUGACUUCACACAUCCGAGCAACGUCCAACUCUCCUCUCCUCACCUCUGCUCUACAUCGCUGCUGAGCUCAUCCAAAUCAGACUUUAACUGCGCCUUUCGCGGAGGAUAGGGGCGUCUUCGCAUUGAGAGCUGGUCUGGUUUGGCGCAUUCCUUACCUGUACCCAAGCAACAACACCCCACACAUUGUUGAAGUCACAACCAUGUCAUACAAUCGUUUAGAUCAUCCUGGCCAAGGCCAGCAAGACGACUACUACAACAUGAACAGCUUACCAGGCCGCACACCUUCGCCAGGCCAUCCGUUACAUCAAGGUUACCAGCUAGAAGAUGCCUCGCCCUAUGGUAGACCUGGCGGUGGUUCACCAAGCAGACACAAUCUGGAGAUACCCAUGGGGCCGGGGCGCAACACUCCUAGUGACCGGUUGCAGGCACAACCUACGUACUCCGUCGAGAAUAUUAACAAUUCAUUCGGCCAUAACGAAGAAUACGAGCAACACUACCCUCUUGACCCUAACCACAACUACCAGCAAGACUAUGCCAUAAAUCCGCAGCAACAUCAUGACCAAUACUAUCAACCGCCCUACCAACCUUCUCCUCAUGAAGAGCAUCCAUUGACGAAUUAUCCCACCAAUCCAGAUCCGUACUACGAUGAGGAUGAUCACCACCCGAUUCUUCAAGCACAAGAUACUGCAUACGGACCGGAUCCACACUCACAGCCAGGACCAUAUAAAGACUACGAUGGAGCUGGUGGUAUCGCUCACACACCAAGCCCCGUUCCAGCACUGAAGAGGUACAAGACUGUGAAGGAAGUGCAACUGUUCAACGGCAAUCUCGUCCUGGACUGUCCCAUUCCCCCGAAGUUGUUGAAUCAAGUGCCUCAUGCAUCACCGCCAGAGCGAGAUGAGUUUACACAUAUGAGAUACUCAGCAGCAACGUGCGACCCAAGCGAGUUCUUUGAAGAACGAUUUACACUUAGACAAAGAUUGUUCGCUAAGCCUAGGCAUACCGAGCUAUUUAUCGUUGUUACCAUGUACAACGAAGACGACGUACUUUUUGCUAGGACGAUGAGCGGAGUUUUCAAGAAUAUUGAAUACAUGUGCUCGAGGAAGGACAGCAAGACAUGGGGCAAAGAUGCAUGGAAAAAAAUCGUAGUCUGCGUGGUUAGUGACGGUCGUGCUAAAAUCAACCCAAGGACCAGAGCUGUAUUAGCCGGUAUGGGAGUUUAUCAGGAUGGAAUUGCGAAACAACAAGUCAACGGGAAGGAUGUCACAGCACAUAUUUAUGAGUACACAACGCAAGUCGGCAUCUCGGUCAAGAAGGAUGUCGUUGAACUGCGACCAAAGCAGCAACCGGUUCAAAUGCUUUUCUGCUUGAAGGAGAAGAAUCAAAAGAAGAUUAACUCCCACAGAUGGUUUUUCCAAGCCUUUGGCCGAGUUCUGGACCCCAACAUCUGCGUUCUUAUCGAUGCAGGAACCAAGCCAGGAAAGGAUUCAAUCUAUCAUCUCUGGAAGGCGUUUGAUCUGGAGCCAAUGUGUGGUGGCGCCUGUGGAGAGAUCAAAGCCAUGUUGGGACCAGGAGGCAAAAACCUGCUAAAUCCGCUUGUUGCAACGCAAAAUUUCGAGUACAAGAUGAGUAAUAUCCUCGACAAACCGCUUGAAUCAGCCUUUGGUUUCAUUUCUGUCUUGCCCGGCGCCUUUUCAGCAUAUCGCUAUGUAGCAUUGCAAAAUGACAAGACGGGCCAAGGACCCCUCGAAAAGUACUUUGCCGGAGAGAAAAUGCAUGGUGCCAAUGCUGGUAUCUUUACAGCCAACAUGUAUCUUGCGGAAGAUCGAAUUCUUUGCUUUGAACUGGUUUCCAAGCGAAAUUGUCACUGGAUCCUCCAAUAUGUCAAAUCUGCCACUGGAGAGACCGAUGUACCGGAUCAGAUGGCGGAACUCAUUUUGCAACGACGAAGAUGGCUGAAUGGCAGUUUCUUUGCUGCAGUCUAUGCCCUGAUUCAUUUCUACCAGCUCUUCCGGAGUGACCACAGCUUCUUACGAAAGAUCAUGUUCUUGGUUGAGUUCACAUACACGACUAUUAGCAUGAUCUUUGCAUGGUUCGCAAUCGGAAAUUUCUUCUUAGUCUUUCAUAUCUUGACUACCUCGCUUGGCGCUUCCGACCUACUCGGUGAAGUUGGUGUAGUGCUUGGAGUUAUCUUCGAGUGGCUGUACCUCUUCACUCUCCUAACAUGCUUCGUACUCGCCCUGGGAAAUCGACCUCAAGGAUCAAACAAAGCCUACAUGUCCAUGGUUAUUUUCUGGGUAUUUAUCAUGAUUUACCUAAUGUUUGCUUCAAUUUUCAUCACUGUGAAGUCGAUUCAAUCAGAAAUCGAUACAAACUCCUUCACGUGGACGGACAUCAUCAAGAACCAGAUAUUCUACACUCUAAUAAUCUCCCUAGCCUCGACAUACCUUCUCUGGUUUGUUGUGUCUUUCUUGUUCUUCGAUCCCUGGCACAUGUUCACCUCGUUCAUCCAAUACCUCCUUCUGACGCCGACCUACAUCAACAUUUUGAACGUGUACGCUUUCUGCAAUACCCACGAUAUCACAUGGGGUACCAAGGGUGAUGACAAAGCCGAGAAACUACCCUCUGCAACGCUCAAAGCAGAUGGCAAGGUCGCUGUCAACAUCCCUACCGAUGACGGAGAUCUCAACGCUCAAUAUGAGGCUGAGAUGCGAAAGAUUGUCAGUAAAGCUCCGCCAGAGAAGCGAGUCAUGUCCGCUAGCGAGAUCCAAGAAGAUUAUUACAAGGGUUUCCGCUCCCGUGUCGUCCUCUUCUGGAUUAUUUGCAACUUUGGACUUGUAGCUGUCGUUCUCAGCACCGCCGGUUUGGAGCGAGUCAGCAGCAGCACCGUCACCGAUACGAAGAAGAGCACGAUCUAUCUUGCGGUUGUGCUAUGGUCCGUGGCUGGAUUGUCGGCGUUCAAGUUCUUAGGCGCGAUGUGGUUCUUGGUUGUACGUAUGUUCAGAGGUGUUUAGGGACUUGCUUGAUUUUGCAUGGCGGCAUUGGUCGUCUUCGGUGGAAAUAUCUCUGAGCGUUGCUUUUCAUGGUUGAAUGACCACCAACUGUGGAACCAUUCACGCUGUAUGUAUGUAUGUAGCUUCUUCUUGUCUGUACGGAAUCAGAAUCUCGAGCCAGCCUAGCCUGGUCUGCAUAGCGGAUGAAGUCGUUGGAUCAUGUGGGUAUCACUGAGGCUCACAGCUAUCUAGUCGGCUGGAAACUUCCUAGAAUACAACGAUACCCUU